UGUAGAGAGAGGGUGGAGCUAAAAAGGAGACAUUUUUUUCUCUCUCUGUUUUGAACGAAAGAGGAAGUAUUGGGAAGAAGCCAGUGAUCACUGUCCAUUUUAGGCUUUGUUUGGAUUCUACUUUAGCAGGUUGAUAUACUGACAGAUAUACUUGACAAUGAUAAAGCAUUGCACUGGAUUUAGAGUUUCCUUGGUUGCACUAUAUGCAACAUCAUUCUAUCUAAAUUAUGUGGUGGGCAUACAGGUGACCUCCACAGGGCCACAAACAAUCAAGAAACCACAGGGAUCAGAAAUUAUUUUGGGCUGUACCUAUAGUGAGAGCCCAUCUGACACUGGACAGCUGGAUGUUGAGUGGUCCAUUGUCAGUCCAGACAUGACUCAGAAAGACAAGUUGAUCCUAUCUUACUCUGGGGGGAAGGAGUAUAAACUUGGUGACCCAGGAUUAAUGACUCGACUAAAGUUUGUGGGUGACCCCAGUCAAGGAAAUGCCACCAUUGUCAUCUCUUCCCUAUAUGUCUCUGAUACAGCCACCUACCAGUGCAAAGUGAAGAAGCCACCUGGUAUAGACUCACGGAAGAUCACUUUAGUGAUACUUGUACCCCCCUCUGUGCCCAAAUGUUGGGUUAAAAAUGGUGAGGAGGUAGGAAGUACUGUCUCACUGUGGUGCAAAUCAUCUGAGGGUUCAACUCCUCUAAUCUACAAGUGGACAAAAGAGAAUGGUGAGGCAUUACCAUCCACAGCAUUCCAGAAUCCUCAGACUGGAGAACUACUGAUCUAUAACCAUUCACAGAGCUACACAGGGAACUAUGUGUGUGUGGUCAGCAAUGACGUAGGGAUGGAGCAGUGCAAAUACACAUUGAAAGCAUAUAAUUCAACCAGUAAGGCAGGAAUAAUUGCUGGGGCUGUGAUAGGUGCAUUGCUGCUUUUGCUCCUACUCCUAUUCCUAGUCUGGCUUCUUGUAUGCUGCUACCAGAAGCAACGCUAUGAAAAGGAAACUGCCAAUGAGAUCAAGGAGGAUGCUGCAGCACCAGAGAGCCAUCUUGGUAGCAGGCACUCUAGUUUCCGCUCCAUCAUGGGUUACCAGCCCCAUCAGGGAGUCACCUACAGCUCAAUUAGGAACAGUAAACCAAGAAGGGCUGAUUCAAACUGCAGAAGCUUCAGUACUAACCAAGCACCAUCACAAGGCCCACUAAGAUACAACAGCAGAUAUGGGUAUCCUGUAUGAACACAGUCACCUUACCAAGAACAGAUCAUUAUGCUGAACAGAUAAAUGGCACUUGGAUUGAACACUGCUAUGACAUCAUGGAUUUCCAUGCAACUGCUGGGUUUUCCUGCUGUGCAUUUCUCUGUGGCACCACCCACAAUGUCUGAGUCCUUUUGAAGCGAUGUUGACACUGAUGUAUUUUGAAGUCAUUUAAUAUAUACGGUCCUUUGCAAAACUAAAUAAAUAAACAAAUUUAAAAAAUGGGCCAAGUCCAAAAUGGCAAAACAUAAAGCUUUUAAUUGUUUUAACAACAAAACACUGGUUAGUAAAUUAGUAGGAAAUAAACAAAUAGAUAAAGUAA